AUGCCUUCCGUGGUGAACAUCGCGGAGGCGGCAGAAGCGGCGAAGCGAGUCGCCGCCGCCUUUAUGGCGGCGCGCGCUUCUGGCCAGUCCGAGGAGCAAGCCGCUGCCGCCGCGUCGUCCGUAGCCAAUCCGGAGCCGGUUAAAACACCCUCGUUCGUCAUUCCCAAGAACAAAAUCUCGAUUCCCGGGCAAUCUUUGGCAAUCGUGCCGGUUGGGGGAAGCGUUACAAAGGCUGGUGAGGAGGCGGAGGAUGAUAAGCCGAGGCGCCCUCGGAAGUGCCGGUGGGGGCCAGAUCCGCUUUUGGAUCCCGCGACGCGAAGGGGUCGCGCGCUGGCCAUUCAGACGCGAAUCGAGCAGAUCUCGUCGCAGCUGGAGCUGAACACGCUGGAGAUCGACGAGAACGAGGCCACGCGCUCGCCGUCUCCGCCGCCGAUCUACGACAACAUGGGCCAGCGCCUCAACACCCGCGAUCAAAGGAAGCGGGAUCAGCUUGACAUUGAAAAGCGCAGAGCAAUAGCUGAGUGUAUCAAUCUUAACCCCCACUUCAAGCCACCUGCGGGUUACAAGCCUGUGCUUGAGGAGGCAAAGCUCUUCGUGCCGGUCAAGCAAUAUCCGGGCUACAACUUCAUCGGCCUCAUUAUAGGCCCGCGCGGCAACACUCAAAAGCGAAUGGAACAGGAGACGGGUGCUCGUAUCGUGAUCCGAGGGAAGGGCGCAACGAAAGAAGGAAAGAAAGACAAGUACCAGGAGGGGGCGAGCGAGGACCUCCACGUGUACAUCUGCGCGGACAAGCUGGAGAAGGUGGAUGCUGCUGUUGACAUGAUCGAGCCGCUUCUGACCCCCAUUGACGAAUGGAGGAACAUUCACCGGCGCAAGCAGCUGAGAGAGCUCGCGCUGAUGAACGGAACGAUGAAGGACGUGCAGCAGGUGUGCUUCCUGUGCGGGGAGCCGGGCCACAAGGACUUUCAGUGCCCCAAGGAGAAGCUGCAGACCUUCAACGCCAAGGUCACGUGCGCCAUCUGUGGAGAUGGAGGCCAUCCGACCGUUGAUUGCCCCAGGAGGAGGGCCGGAGGGCCGCCACUCCUUGGAGCUUGUCUCUACCCCCCUCUCUCCCUAAGAUGGCCCUGCGUCUCCCAGAAUCUACUUACCUCACCUCGUCCCUCGCCCCUGUCUGUGUUCCCCCUUUUCCUCUCUCUCCUCCCACAGGGCAAGGGUAUGGAUCAGGAGUAUCAGUCCUUCCUCUGCGUACUGAGCAGCUGCUCACCUCUCCGUGUAUCCCUGUGCGCGCCCCUCUCUCUCCUCCCACAGGGCAAGGGUAUGGAUCAGGAGUAUCAGUCCUUUCUCAACGAAAUCAAUGCAGGCACAGGCGGGCCGGACGGAAGGGGUGAUGGUAGGGGGGAUGGGAGAGGCGAUGGUGGUAGGGGAGACGGCAGAGGGGAUAGUAGGGGGGAUAGCAGGGGCGGUUCUUAUGGAGAUAGGAGGGGUGGAGAUGGGUACAGGGGUGGUGGUGAUGGGUACAGGGGCGGGGACGGGUACAGGGGUGGUGACAGUUACAAUCGCGGCGGUUACAGUGACAGUGGUUAUGGUGGUAACCGUGGGGGGCCAGGGGGAGGGGGAGCGCCGGGGGGAGGUUCGUACCCCCCUGGGCGGGGCCCCCCAGGGGGUCCUCCCCCCGGGUCCUACCCCCCGGCAGGCAUGGGCGGACCUCCCCCCGGCCGCCCUGCGCCCUCGUCAUUCCCACGCCCUUUCGCCCCAGGGCAGGGUCCCCCCGGAAUGCCAGGUCAGCAGCCAGGUCAGCAGGGAGGAAACGCGUACAGCCACGUGGGCAUGCCAGGUCAGCAGCCUAUUCGCCCAAGCCUGACGCCUGGUCCCCCUAUGGUUCCCCGGGGGCAGGGUCCCCCGCCCGUGGGGGGGUAUCCUGCAGUGGGGGCGGGGGGAGCGCCCCCUGCCACAGGCCCAGGGGUCAAGCUGCCGAGAAUGGACGGUGGGCCCACAGACGCCCCCUCCUCCUACCCGCCGCCCCAGCAGCAGACAGGACAAGGAAUGCCGCCCCGUCAGCGCACAGGGAUUGGGUACCAGGCCCCUCCUCUUGGUCCGUCUGGGUACGGCCCUCCCCGCCCCGCACCUGGGUACGGACCUCCCUCCGGACCUCCCACCGGACCUCCAUCUGGUCCUCCCGGGCCAUCUGGGCCGGCCGGGUAUGGCCCUCCUUCCGGACCUCCUUCCGGACCUCCCUCCGGACCUCCUUCCGGACCUCCUGGACCGUCUGGUUCGGGGUAUGGAGCACCACCACCUGGCCCGUCCACUGGGCAGAGCUAUGGGGGCGCGCAGGGGCAGGGGUAUGGGCAGGGAUAUGGGCAGGGGUCCGCGCAGGGGCAAGGUUAUGGCUCCGCGCAGGGGCAGGGGUAUGCGCCUGGCCCAGCCCCAGGGGGAGCUUAUGCCCCGCCUGCUUCCGCUGGCCAGCCUCCUUUCACCCCUCCAGCUGGCGCCCCCCCUCCCUACAUGCCCGGACGUCCCCCCAUGCCGGGCAGCGGUUUCGGUGGUAACCAGUUCGCGCCUCCCCCUCAGUGGGGGCCUGGGCCCCCCCAGGGGUUCGGGGGACCUGGGGGAAUGGGGGGACCUGGUGGCCCCCGCCCUGCCUGGGGACCCGGGGGAAUGGGGGGACCGGGGGGAAUGGGAGGAAUGGGGGGACCGGGGGGGAUGGGGGGACCUAGGGGGCCUGGGGGAGCUCCGCCUUCCCCCUUUGGCCCUGGUGGCGCUCCUGGGUUUGGGCAAGGGGGUCCGCCUCCCCCCUUCCCUGGGGCUGUGGGGGCGCCUAGGUUUCCUGGUCCGGGUGGUUACCAGCAGGGGGGUCCGGGUUUCGCGGGUGCUAGGCCCCCUGCUGCCCCGUCUGCGCCUGCAGGCGGACAGGGAGAAGAGGAUGCCGAGUAUGAGAAGCUGAUGGCGUCCAUUGGGGUGCAGUAG